AUGAGUGAUGCUGAGAAAGGCAAGAAGAUUUUUGUUCAGAAGUGUGCCCACUGUCACACCGUGGCAAGAGGAGGCAAGCGCAAGACCGGACCCAAUCUCCAUGGUCUGUCUGGGUGUAAGACCGGCUAAGCCGCCGGCCUCUGUUAGAUGGCCAACAAGAACAAGGGCAUCCCCUGGGGGGAGGACACUCUGAUGGAGUACCUGAAGAAUCCCUACAAGUACAUCCCAGGCACCAAGAUGAUCUUCGCCGGCAUUAAGAAGAACAAUGAGAGAGCAGACUUGAUAGCUUAUCUCUAAACAGCACUAAUGAGUAACGCUUGGCCACUGCCUUAUGUAUUACAAAACAGAAAUGUCUCAUGACUUUUUUUAAUGUCCACCAUAAUUUAAUUCUCCUAUACCAGAAUUCAGAUCAUGAAUGGCUGACAGAAUAUUUUGGUUCGGCAGUCCUGACUUUAAAUAAGAUUGCGUUGUGUGGCCAAAUAAAAAGCGGUUGGGUUUGUUGA